UACGGGCGAUUUUUAGCUUUUUUGUCAAAACUGUUACAAUUAUUUACAAAUUUGUAUAGAAUGGUGCUAAAUGGUUUGACAACACAAUGGACGUGGAGUUUUUAAGACACAAAUAUGAAGAUAGUCACGAUGGAGUCAUUACAAAAGCGAAAUUCAAGAUCGGAGUUCGUCAUCUGCAAAUGAUUUACAUGAUCUUAUGUUCUCUAUCAAUGGGUUUGAUCAGAGGUAGCAAUGGAAUCGCAAUCCUUGCGAUCACAGACUACACACGAAGCAACAAUACUAUUUUUCAGAUCCACAAUUGGGAUAGACGAAUUCAAGGUACAAUUUUGUCAUCUUUCUUCUUCGGAUAUGCUUUAAUCUUGGUACCGGCUGAAAUUUACUUGAAACAAGUUGGAGACAAGUUUAUAUUGACUGCUACUCUACUCAUAAACGGUGGUCUGGCUGCUGCCAUGCCUACAGUUGUCAAUAAGGGUGGAUGGAUUGCCGUCUGUAAUGCUGAAUUUUUGAUGGGAAUGACUCAAGCUUGCCUAACUCCUAUUAAUCACCAACUCAUUUCGAACUGGCUCCCACCCAGCGAAAGACGAUUAUUUGGCAGUUUUGUUCAAGGAGGUAUUCUGCUUGGUACAAUCAUGGCGCUACCCUUAUCGGGACUAUUGUCUCAAGCUCAGUUGGGUUGGGAGCUUAUAUUUUACUCUCAAGCUAUGAUGACACUAUCAAUGGGUGCGAUGUGGGCUCUUUUGACAGCCAGUACACCAGACCAACAUCACGCAAUCGGUGACGCUGAGAAGGAAUUCAUUAAGGAAGCACUUGCGUGCUACAAAAAGAAGAAACUUCGGAAACCAUGGCGGCGUAUAAUGGAAUCGAAACAGUUUUGGGCGAUAGCGUCCGCUCAUUCGGCCGCCACUGCCACUUUUAUUUUCUUCCUAGUCGAAAUUCCAGCAUUUUUAUUUUCUAUCAACUCGUCAAUAAAAACUAGCAGCUGGCAAACAGCGCUUCCGUUUGCAUCUAUGUGGGCUGUUUACAUAUUAACUGCGCCCACCAUCGACAUUAUUUACAGAGUCGGUUACGCUGACUACUUCUUUGACAUUAAAUACUAUCGCAAAAUCAUCAAUUGUUUAGGAACUUUCGGAAUAGUCAUAGGACUAACGAUCCUACCGAAUUUGGUUUCAAACUGGAAUCACUUGGGUGUCAUCAUUUUAAUGGGAACUUUGAGUUUACUUGGCCUUCAGUUUUCGGGAUUCCUUAGAAAUCUCAAUGAUAUGACUCAAAACCACGCUGGUACUUUGAUUACCAUUUCUUCGGCUGUGUCCAGUCUAGUCGGAGCGCUAAUACCACUGGUUUCCGGUUUAAUUGUCGGUAAUGACUCAACAGAUGUAAAUCGGUGGAGGAUCCUUUUCUUUACCCUGGCGGCGUUCUACUUCGUCUGCAACAUCAUCUACACCGCAUUUGCCAGCAGCGAUCGGCAAGAUUGGGACGAUGAUGGAAAACAAAAGUUUGGCUACAGUAACGACGUAACCAACUUAGAACUCGAAGAAUUGAGUGACAGGAAGGUAAUGAAAAACGAAACGGAAGAUAUUACUGAAUUUUGAUGAUUGUAACUUGUUUUUAAUAUUAUGUAAAUAAAUGAUUCAAAAAGACUAAUAAAC